AUGGCAUCCGCACGUGGCUCGCCAGUUCGGCCAGUGGUGUCAAGAGUGAAAUUGCCACAGCCAGGGCGUGGACAGGUGCGCGUCGCCGACAUUACGGCAGGCUCAGGCUGCGCCGAUCCUGGGCCCAGUUCGCGCUCCAGCGCCCGUUCCCCGGCGCGCUCGCUGCCCACACCUGUCGUGGACUCGUCGCCAGGACCCGUGAUCGCUCGCAAUGUCCGCACGCCUGAAAUGCGACAUGGAACAACGCUGGAGAGCAUCCAUUCGAUGCACACCUCCAUGCACACAUCAAUGCACACCUCCAUGCACAGAUCGAACUCCGAGAACGUGCUGGUACGGUCCUUGCAAAGAACCGAAUCUUCACAUGCCGGUCGAGAAGAACCAGAUGACAUCGUUCUGAGCAAUCCUGACAGUGCUAGCGAGAUGCACAGCACGCAGGGAUUUGAAGCGUCGUUGCCAGCUGCCAGUGUUUGGAAUCCUUUGCCUGGAAGCGAUUGGGCCGAGUUCGAAACCGAUUCUGCAGAUGUCCUUGUGCCCGUAGCGGCCAGCCAUCCAUCAACACCAGUGGCACAGCCAGCCGUGACCACUGAGACACCGCCAGUUUCACGGGUUCAUUCUAAAUUGGAUUCAUUGCAGGCACAGACGGUGCAGCCGGUACAGCCGGCCCCAGGUGCCCAGCCAAGCCAGUCCGCGGCGUAUCCUCGGAGUUUACCGCUCUCCAUGUCCAAAAUUUCGCAGGAGUCUGGGAGACAACGAAGAACGCCUUCCCGACAGUCUUCACGAAGGUCGAACUCGCGUCCUGUGAGGGGAGCCUCGAAGGAACGUCCACAGUCUGAACCGCCACAUCAAGCAACCAGCUUGAGCCAGGGCCAAGGACGGUUGCCAGAACUGCUCGGCGAGAUCGAAGAUCAUUUAUUGCAGAAAACGGUUCGGCCACCAGAAGACGCCAGUGGUUGGUUGAAAGAGACGGCACAACUUGAAAUCUACGCAGAGGAGAUGCGAAACUUGUUGCAGACCUUUGAGGCGCGACCUCGGAACGACGCUGAUCCGGGGAGGGCACGGGCCCCACGGGCCCGGGCAGUGCAUGCGAAGCCGGCAAAGCCGGUGGAGUUUUCAUUGCUGCGUGGUGAUAAGGAGCUCCGAUGGGCCAAACAACAGCUGAAGAAUUGUGAACGCGAGUAUCAGCACCUUCAGCAACUCUUGGGCAGCAGUGAGAAGGAACUGGUGGAAGAACUGCGCCAGGUACAGGAGUCGUUGGAGCAAGAGAAGAGAAAGGUGAAGCACUUGGAGCGCGAAAGCCACAAGCGCGAGCGCAGCAUGGCCCGCGUGGCGGCCCGCGCCGGCGGUGGGGAGCUGGGCGUCCUGACCGCGGACGGCAGUGUGCUGGCCAUGCGGGAGGUUGAACGACUUGAAGCAGAACUGGAGGUGUACCAAAUGAAGAAUUCAUCUCUGACGAAGCAGGUGGAAAGCGAACGCCAUCGGCUUGAGCAGGCCAUGCAGAGUCGUGACACGCAGAAUGCCAAGUACCAGGCACUGCUGGCGCGACUGGAAAGUGAGGACACCAAGAAACGAAUGGCUGAAGAACGGAAGCAGCAGGAUAGCCAACAACAACAAGAGGAUCAACUUCGGGCCGAAAUCCGACAGCUCCAGGAGGCAAGGAGGAUCAGCGCACGCAACACGGAGCGCACACUGAAAGAGCGGCAGAGACGGUUGGAAGAAUUGCGACAAAAGCAAAGUGAACAUGAAGGCUACUUGCUGCAGUUGAAAUCCUCUGAGCAGCAGCUUCGACGUCGCUCCUCCGCUGCUUCGGAGGCCGCCCCAGGGCGUGCUGAGCGCAAGACCACGGGGCAUGCUGAGCGCAGGGAUAGCCGGGAGGCAGCCAAAGGAUCUGUUUCUGCGCAAACCUUGCUGCCCGGCACAUCUGUUGUGUGCGCGGAUGUGGCGCCAAAGACGGAUUUGCGCGAGGAGAAGGCGGUCGUGGAAGAGCAGGUUGCAGAUGCUGCAGAUGUGCAGGAUGGAGGCGAUCCACCAGCCCCCGAAGCGGAUGCAGGAAGUGCGACCAGUGAAGCAUGACCAGCCGAUCAAGGAUUGCAAGCGGCCUGGGAUGGCAACUCCAGAAGCCAAGCUUCGCCAAAGCUGCCGGCGCAGGUGAGCUGGGAAGACCGAGGUUGGAGUGUUUUGAGGCUGACGGUUUCAACAAUGCGCGUCUCUUCCUCAUGGGUGCAUCCCAGUGGAGACCGAUGGUGUCCGAUGGUGGCUAGUUGAUUCUGGUCACCUCCUUGGCUGAAAUGGACGCCCCACUGGUGUGCUCACAACACGCCAGAUGCUCGGAUCCCCUGAAAGUUCGGUGCCGUCGAUUUUUCCACUGGUUGAACUUGGUUGAAGCACCAAAUACAUUCUCUGCGGUCAACUUGGCCAACUCCACGGCGAAGACUCGAAGCGACUCUGAAGUAGACUCGAAGCGACGACAAACGUGGCAGUUUCACGUGUUUGUCGUUGAAAAAUAGAGAUGGACGGUUUAAGAUGAAGAUCAUGAGGAUACAACGAUGGGGUUUUGAUAGUGAGAGAAUGGGGAUAUAGUGAUAAACUUGGCACCGAUGGCUCACCACAAGCUGUGAGCUGGCGCAGGUAGCAACUGCAGUGGUACUGUGACAAAA